AGAGAAUUGUGCCACGUCAUGGUUGUCUUAAAUACAUUUCACGCUUCUUCUGCAAAGACGAUUAUUAUGAAGGAAAAAACGUCACUGUUUUCCCAUUCCAAUUCCCAUUCUCAAAUUCAUCCAAAAUUUAACCCUUUUCUCAUAUCUAUCUCUCACUCUCAUUAUCUUAAAGUCUUAAAGACUUAAACCCACCCCCUUCCCCAUCUCUUUCGCAUUUUAUCGAACACAUUGUGUGCUACUUUAGGGACUAACUAGUGCUACUACUAACAUAAAGCAUGGACUUAAGCGUAGUCCCUUACAACCAUUCCUCCACCAAACCAGAUAUCAACGACAGCGAAUACGGCGACGUUGUAGAGCCUAAACCCCUCGACAUCAACACCACCAUCAACAACCACAACAAUGACGACCCAAGUCCACUCUCCGCCUUCCAUAUCAAAUACGGCGAGUGCAUGAGAAACCACGCCGCUUCCAUUGGCGGCCAUGCCAACGACGGCUGCGGUGAGUUCAUGCCACGUGCCGACGAUGGAUCCCGCGACUCUUUAACCUGCGCCGCUUGCGGUUGCCAUCGGAAUUUCCACCGCAGGGAACUCCCGGGCUCCGAUCAGCAUUACUCAGUCCACUCUCCUCCUCCUCCUCCGCCGCCGAUGUUGCUCUACAAUGCGGGUCCCACCACCCCGAGGUGGGACCCGAAGAUGGUGAUCCGAUCCCAACGUCACUACCACCAUCAGCAGCAUCAUUAUCUUCAUCAUCGCAAUAGAGGAAGGUUGAUCGAUCACCAUGAUCAUCAUCAUGAGGAUGUGGAGGAGAAAGAGUACGAUCGACGGUCGGAGACGCCGGAGAGAGAAGAGGUGCAGGUGCAGGUGCAGCAUGUGGGACCUACAAGCAGAACGACGUCGUGUAAGAGAUCAAGGACGAAGUUCACGCAGGAGCAGAAGAAUAGAAUGCUGGCGUUUGCAGAGAAAAUAGGGUGGAGGAUACAGAGACACGAUGACUUGGCGCUCAACCAGUUCUGUUCGGAGGUGGGAGUGAAACGCAACGUUUUAAAAGUCUGGAUGCACAAUAACAAGAAUGCACAUCGCCGUAGAGAAUCCGUACCUCCUCCUCCUCCUCUACUCCCUGAAGCUCCACCGCCUCAACCUCCGCCUCCAGCUCCUCCACAACCUGUUGGGGUCUAGUUGUAAUUCUCUCUACUUUUUUUCUUUUGUCUCUUUCUUUUUAAAAAAAAAUUAUUUGUUAAUUAGUAAAUUAAUUUUAUAUUUAUUUUUCCUUUUUAGGCAAUCAUAUUUCAGUGAGACCACAAAAUGGCAAAAGGGUAGUAUUAAUAUAAUCUAAUUAUAUAGGAAAAGUCAUUUACAUUUCUAAGAGUUGAUGAAAAUUUAUUGUCAGUUUUUUGGUAUUGAAAAAUUAUCUGUAGGAAAAUUAUUAUUUACCACUUUUUGGAUUUGAUUUCUUAGUAAUCUGAUCGAUGAAAACUCUAUUUUAUCCC